AUGGAGAUCGGGGAAAAGCUAAAAGAGCUCAACAUGACAGCAGAUGAAAUGAGGAGAUUGACAAAGGCGUUUAAAGAUGAGAAAUUCAGGGAAAUGCUGAAUGAUUAUGCCCAGGAGAUAGCCGAUCCAGAGAAUAGGAGAAUCUAUGAGGAGGAGAUUGCUAUACUGGAGAAGGAGAGGGGAAACAACAUUGAGUUCAUCCACCCGAAGCCAUUCAGAGCCCUGAGGACCAGCGUGAACAGCAAGCAGAAGUGCUACAUCAACAUCUGUGCGAAUGACAAAGUUGGGAAGCCUGAGUGUAAGUGGGGGUUGUCUGAGGAUGGUCGCAGAGGGCACUGUUGGUCACUGCCUCACAAUCUUCACCCAGGAAGGGAAGACACCGAUCCAAAAGGGAACAAAAUCAUGAUCUAUGAUGUCAUAUUCCACCCUGACACCCUCCACAUAGCAAACAAAAAGGCCGAAUUCAUGCAAAUGGUGAUCAGCACGGCCAUUCAGGGAAUCCAGGAUGCCUUUAAGGUGACGCUGGACAAAAACAAUGUGAGAGAGAUGAACACAAAGUACAAGGGCACACCUCAGCCUUGUGUAAUCCGUAAACCCAUCCCUGGAUAUACAGCCAAACCUCCUGAAGAUCACCCACUUGCCUUUCCUUACCCAGAUGAAAAAAACCUGAAAACUUGCCCUGAUCCCAAACCUAAAAGCUUCGAAAUUAAGAAUGAGAAAAGCAAACUGCCCACUGAACCAAGCUACACCAUAAAAUAUCGAUCAUUCAUUGACCUGCAGGACUUCAGAUGCUCCAGAGACUCCGGAAAGAGCCCCAGGCCCAAAGAGAUUGUCAUCACCAUCGACGUACCUCUGCUGAAGUCAGUGGCGGAUGCCAGCUUGGAAGUGAAAGAGAAAACUCUGCUGCUGGAGUCGGAGACGCCCGCCUACAGGCUGGAGCUGCCUCUGUCCUACCCAGUGGACGAGGAGAGAGGAGAAGCCAAGUUCAGCAAGCAGAGAAGGCAACUGACGGUCACGCUGCCCGUCCUUCCCUCCAAUGAGGUGAUGGAGUUUUGCUGGAGUAAUAACGGGACGGAAGGUGUCACGGAGGAACGGGAGAUGCAAGCUGAAGAAAGUCAAGUACUUGAAGAAGAGGUGGUUAAAGGCCAGGACAGCGUUGACAGUGAGGAAAUCAUGAUGCAAGAUCAGGAAGAAGAUAUUGGUGAGGAGGAGCAGCUGGAAGAGAACGGACCAGGUACAGAACUUGUGCAGGAGGAAAAAGGAGUUGACGAAAAGAGAAGAGAGAAUGAACAGGAAAAUGGAGAACAGAAUGCUCUUUAUAUUCAAGAAAGUUUGGUUAACCUCAAUGAAAAUAAUAAAAAGGAUUCAGUGAGGGAAGCAAAUGCGCCACAGACAAUUGAAUCUAAUCAAGAAAACCCAACGUAUGUUGAUCUGCUCCAGAUUUCACCCGUGGUCCCCACUCAACCUUCUUGUCGUGUGGAAAAUGCACAUGUGGACUUGUUUUCAGAUUCAAGCGCUCAAGUAAAAGAUGCCUAUAUGCGAGAAACAGCAGAAACAAAAGAGAAGGUGAAGAAAGAUCAGGACGCGAGUGAGAAAGCUGAGAUGGCGGAUCAGCAAGAAAAAUAUAGUAGUGUGGAGGAGCAAUUGACAGAGAAGAGAACAUGUGAAAAUCUUGCGGAGGAGGACACACUUGAAACUGGAGAACGGGAUGGCCUUCGCAUGAAACAAAGUCAGGUCAACCUCACUGAAAAUGAAAGUAAGUAUCUUGUGAGGGAAGAGGAGCAGCUGAUGGGGAAAAGAAACAUGGAGGACACACAGGAAAUUGGAGAACGGGGUGUACAGUGCAUUCAAGAAAGUCAGAUCAACCACAGUGAAAAGAAAAAUAAGACGCAAGUGAAAGAAGAUGCACUGCGGGGAAUGCACUCUCAAAUAAACACAGAAAGUGUUGAGCGACUGCCGAUUUCUGUGGCGCCAGAAAAUGCAUAUUUAGAUUCAAGCACCCAACUGAGGAACGACGAUAUGAAAGAAGCUGCAGAGACCGAAGAGAAAGAUGUGAAGAUGGAACUAGAUGCACUACAGGAGGAUGUACUAUCUGGUCAAAUCCCCACUCCAGAUAUAAGCUUGAAAAACACCAAAGAACUAAGUGAGACACCAGAAGAAGCUUCUUGCAUGGGAGGAGGCGACAAAGUAAGGCACAUACCUGAGGAAAGCACCCCGACCUUGACGAAGGAUGAGGUGAGGAUGAGGGAAAAUGAGGAGGACCUGCCGGAAAAGGAGGUCAUCCAAAAACCAGAACCAGACAAGAAGCCACCGCCUGUCUCACUGAGAGAAAUUGACCAAGAUGGAAACGUGACCGUGAUCAACGAUCACGCCACAUCAGCGGGAUUCCUCUUCCAGAACUCCCUCAUGUAUGAACUUGACUGA